AUGGAAGUUUCAAUGACCUCGGUUGGCUUCACCGCACUGAAGCUGUACGGUUCGGUUUGGCAGUUCCAGCCAGCCAGGCUGGAUGCUCAGAGAAGCAUCCAGUUUUACGAGCCCCAUCCACGGAUCAAACUGCCUUACAGAGUUGCCCUCCACUACACAAGCUCGUUCCAGCCAAUCGAAAUUGGGAGCUCCGACGACUUUGAAAGCGCAAAAGAGAGAGCAGCCGAGAUAACCGCGGCUGACGACAAAGCUGCCUUUGGGGAUACCCAUUAA